AUGAAUAUUUGUUAGAAUCAAAUAGCAAAAUAAGGUCAGGAUAACUAAAGUAUCAAUGGCCAAAUAAAAUCAUCAAUCAUAGAGGAAUAUGAGGAUUAUGAUCAAAUGUAUGAUAGUUAUUUCAUUUCGAACGUUUGCAAUGAAAAACAAAACAUAAAUUCAUUGCUUAAUGAUAACAGUGAAGGGCAGUUUGAAGAGCAGCAGUUGUUUGACAUUUUUAAAAAUAAUUUAAGGAUCAAUGGAUCAACUUCAGGAUAAAAAACAAGAAAAUAAAGCAUCUAAAGCUAUAUUGAUGAAUAAGGUUCAUCAUUAAAUGAGGAAUAAGAAACAAGUCAAACUGCGGAGAAGGAGAAUUUCUUAGAUGAUGAAAAGAGUAGCUGUUAAUAAAUAUAAUAGAAACAUGCAGACUUCAAUUUCCUUAAAUAAGAUCUGGAAAAUGCUUUUCAAAAUAAAAUAGACAGUUUGAAAAGCAGCAAUAUCGAUAAAUAAAAUACAUCGAAAUCACAUAGAAAUUAGAUUAAAACCAAAGAAUAGUAUCACUUUCUAGAAUCUAACUUCAUCAAACAUCAGCGUUGGACAAAGGAGAGAAUUAGAGAGAUAUCUUUAUAAACAGGGCUAGCUUUCUCAUAAAUAUACAAAUGGAAUUGGGACAGAAGAAUGGCCUUAAAAUUAUAUCACGAACAAGAUAAAUACUGUGACAGUAGGUAUAUAAAAAUAUUUGAAGUCAAGAAAUGCUUAAUGCGAAAAUAAGUUGUAUCAUAAGAAAGAGAUCAUCAAAAUAUAGGUGAUUUUAAUGAUUAGUACAAAAUUUUCAACACAAGGAAAAUUUGA